AUAUAUAUACAAGAUUCUUAGUAAGAUGAGGUUCUUGCUAAGACAGAACUUAGCACUUGUAAAACCCUUGCCUCAAUUUUUCCUAUACUUCUCAGCUAAAUUAAGCAAUCAUUUGGUGAGUGAGUAUUCAUGGGAGAGCCAAACAAUGCCUUGAAAGUUAUAGCAACCCCCACCAAGUUAAAUCAAGAAGAUAAUUUCUGUGAUUUAAAGAGGCUUCAAGGUGGUGUCUACAUACUCAAUUUCACUGGAAACCUCCAACAUAUGUUUUCACCAGAGGCUAUAAGGUCAAUUGACGAAUCGCUUGAUCAGGUAGCAAGGGACAGGAGUGCAUGUGCCUUGAUCACAACCAACCAGGGUAAAUUCUUCUCAAAUGGGAUGGAUGUGAACUACUUGAGAAAAUGUGACAGACAAGGAGCCCUUGAAUAUUUACUAUUGUUUCAAAAGCUUGUAAGCAAGCUUUUGACUUUUUGUCUCCCAACAAUUGCAGUUAUAAGAGGUCAUGCAGUUGGAGCUGGCUGUAUAUAUGCAAUGGCUCAUGAUUACAGGCUCCUGAUCUCAGACCACCCUGGUUACAUCUUCAUGAAUGAGGUUGACUUGGGACUCUCAUUAACACCAGGAAUCAUGGCUGUUCUACGUUCAAAGUUACCCGUAUCGACCUUUCAAGAGGCAAUACUCACAGGGAAGCGUUAUGAUGGGAGAGAUGCAGCUACAGCUAGAUUAGUUCACGCUACAUGUCCCACCGGACCAAGUCUUUUACAAGAGGGGAUAAAGAAAGCCAUGGAAUACAAAGCAAGGAAUUGGAAAAGAGAGGUGUAUCACGCACUAAAAAUGGAGAUGUUUCAAACCACGGUUAGAGAGCUCGAGAAUGGGGGAGUUGGAUUUGCAAGGCUGUGAUUUUUAUUUUUAUUUUUUAUUUUUUUUCCCAGUAAUUAGAGUGCAUGAAUUCAAGAAACAAUUCCAUUUUGCAAAUAGGCUAAAGUGAAGGAAAUAUCAAUACAUUUUCUAUAAAUUAACUUAUACAUUUCAUUACAAAUGAAUCAGCACAAUUCAACUACAAAAAAAACAGUUUCAAAGAUUUGUAGUUAUGCAUCUGUGAUAUAUAUAUAUAUACACAUUCUAUAAUCAGU